AUGGAGCUUCAAUUAUUGCUACAGUCAUCGCAUCAUGCAGUUUCUGAUGAUUCCCAUCCAACUAUACAGAUUGCGGACAACAAUCCCAAUCAGAUUAUCUUGCAAGGUGAUCUCUCUACUAGAUUUACCUUCAACCAUGUCUACAAUGCUACUGGAGAUAUGGAUGACUUGAAAUUAUUUGAAAAUUUUGCUAAGCCAGUCAUUGAUGAUCACUUGCUUAAAGGAUCGGACUCCUUGUUACUUUCAAUAGGUCCUUCUAGAUGUGGAAAGACCUCUUGUUUGUUUGGAACGCCUGACAAGAGUGGUUCUGGACUUGUGGCCGAAUCCUUCAGAUAUAUCUUUGAAAAAAUUGGUCCAGUUUCUAACAAUUUGAGCCAAUGGAAGCCUCUUGUUAGUAACAUACGGGAAGAUUCAGUCUCUCCUCUCAGUAAGAGCACUACGGUGGACAGUAAUUCAGCUGUGACAUUGUCGAUGUUUGAAAUUCAGAAUGAUUCCAUCCGCGAUUUACUCACCUCUCAAAGUCGUAGUGCUAAAAGACCCAAAUCGAGAUCUUUUUUGGGCAUAAUUACAGAUCCUACUGAUAACAAAUUGAAGCCAUACAAUAUCUCUCAAGUUAUGGUAGAUUCGGCCGAAGCAGCCACUCAAAUUGUUGUUGGAAAGGGCCUCGGUGCUGCUUCUGAUUAUUCCAAUUCACAUAGAUUGGUCUUCGUUAACGUAUUAUCCUGUUCCAAAGACAAACAGAAGACUCCAAUUUCUUGUAGCAGAUUUGUCAUAGUUGAUCUACCCGGAUUUGGCGCAUCUACUGACAAUUCUUUGCCACAGUUAGGUCGGUGCCUUGAGUUGGUGGCAACCAAGCAGUUCAACAAGUCUCUUUUACGUACCAAUAAGUUGACUCGGUUUAUUUUCCAUGAUUACGUGAAGUCGUUGACUCCGUUGAACGUUCUUGUUUGUCUCGAUUCUCACGGUGACUCAACAACAAUUUUACAGACUCUUAAGUACACCAAUCCUAUUGAAUACGUCAAGUUACGGAGAAAGUCUCAUGAUGCCAUGUACUAUCAAACGAAGCCUGCUCCUAAGACCAGUUCCAGAGUGUCUUCUAUAGCGUCUAUGGCGUCGAAAAGGAUUCCUUACAAAAAGGAGGGCGAUCUUUCAAAAGAGAUAGAGAUUCUUAAUAAUACUAAGAUUAGAUUGGAGUCUGCGGUUGUGAAAUUACAGAAGGAAGUUUUUUCGAACGAAGCGAACGAGAAGAACAUUAAGGAACUCAAGGAGGCACAUAGACAUGAGAUUGAGCAGGUUCAACUCGAAGAGCGCCAGAAGCUCGAAGAUGCUGAGAGGAAACUACAAGAAGCCGAGUUGAGGCUACACGAAAUUGAGACUAAGGUUCCAGAAACAGAGAUGAAGUUGCUAAAUACAAUGGCUAAAAUGCAUGAAAUGGAGAAGAAAAUGCAUGAAGUCGAAGACGCCAGUGCUCAACUUCAGAAAAUUGUUGAUGAGGAGAAAGAAAAAGAAGUCAAGUCGAAAUUGGAUAUCCAACAACUGAAUGAAGACGUGACAAGAUUGGAGAAGGAUCUCAGCAAUAUGAAGAGAUUGGACGAGGAGAAAGACGCAAGUAUUGGCCGAACAAAGGCAGAAAAAGAUAAAGAAGUAAAGAAACUAAGGAAGCAGUUAAAGGAUUUGAAGUUGGAGUAUGAGAGAAAGCUUGAGAAAAGUAAAGCAUCCAGUAUAGAUGAAAAGAAAAUGAGUGCACAAGAGAAGAGAUACGAGAAGUUGUCACAGAAGUAUUCGUCUCUUGAAGAUGAGUACGAGAAUUAUAAAAAACAGAUUGAAGAAGAAAAGGAGAAGCAGCACGACGAGUAUGACGAGAAAGUAAAGGAGCUCAAUACAAAGAUGAAAAACAUUCAUCAUGAAGUUGCCAGUGCUGCGUUAUUUGGAUCGGAAUCUGUUAAAGACUCGUUAUCGCUCUCUCCAUGCGACAGUUUGGGAGCAUUGGAUGAAUUGAGUAAUAAUAGUCAAGUUCCAGGAAUCCUCGAAGACGAUUCUUCUAAAAAAUCACCUCAAAAGUCUCCUAGAAAGUCUCCAAGGAAGUCUCCAAGGAAAUCAUCCAAGAAGUCUCCUUCAAGAUCGGCUUCAAGAUCACCUACAAGGUCGACUACUAAGGCGGACGCAGCGAGGCAUCUCACAAACUGUGAACCUUUAAUCAAAGAACCGAAUCAACAGCUAUGUGAGGGGCAUUUGCAUCCAUUGAAUUCUUCCGAAUUGAAUAAACUUCGGCCCGAGACGCCAAUUGACCUUAAGAGAAGAUCUGUAUCACCAGGAAGGGCCAGUAAAAUAAAGCUUAGAAGAGUUGAGCUUGAUGAUGAUGAUGAUGAGGAGGGGUUGAGUGACUGA